AUGACCUUUAUUUGGCAAAGUCUGCUGUCAUGGGACUCUGGCGAACACCAGGUCGACUUGGAGAAGGAACUGGCCACCCUCACGGCGCAGGCACCCGAGGGGGAGGAGGCCAGAUAUGGCGAGCGAUUGAUCCAGUAUGCUUCGGAAAACCUGGUGACGGAGAUCCUGAUCCACCCACAGAUGAAUACGCUGAUGCAGUGUAUGAGGAACUUGCUCAGCUCUUUCACUCGGCACAGACAUUUACUCCAUGCCGGAUACACCUUCGCGGGUAACGGCUCUUGGAUUAUGCAGGACGGUACAUUCUCAUUGGCGGACUUCGCAGACGCCUACCAAGAAAAUGAAGUUCAGCGCGUGAUUCGCGCUUACGAAAACUCGAUCUCGAUCGAUAUUCACUGCUCGGCCGCCGGCGGCGAAUGGGCCAAACUCCCGGAUAUGCCCUUCGUCAAACAUUGCAAGAUUCGCGUCAACCCCAACGAUAUACUAGACUCGGGCUCGCCAGCCAUCAAGGAUUUUAUUGCGUACUUGGAACCGUACAUAGUUCCAGCUAGCCUGGAACAGCUGCUGGUUCCAAGCGACGUGGUCGGAAACAUCCGUUUCAGCCACCCCACUCUAUACGUCUUCCCGGGAGGCCAAGGAGACGCUGCUCUCUUUGGGAUAAACGGAUUCAAUAUGCUCGUGGAUGGUGGCUUCUCACGAAAAGCCUGCUGGUGGGACUUCGCCCGGCACUUGGACAGACUGGACGCAGUACUGUUCACGAGGCUGAACAACUGUUCCAUGUCCGGUAUGGCCGCUGUGCUCCACAGGAAAGCCACUGCAAAUGUCUACCCACAAAUUGGACAUUUUUUCUGCAAUUUGGAGGAACGGCGGUGUAUAUCAAGUCCCGAUGGAGACAAGGAUUUUGAUCCCCUGCUCGUAUCAUUGUUGGAAGCAGGAUCUGACAUGAUGGCGGAUUUAAGACACAUCAAUCUCAAACCACAACACUGUUAUAGAAGCCCAGAACCUAUCAACUUGUACCAUAAAGUUGGACACGGUACGCUGGAUAUGUAUGUUUUAAAUCCGUCCAAAGAUUCAAAAUACGUUCGUGAAUUUUUAAAACGAUGGCACAGUAGUGAACAAAAACUUUUUGAAGGCGCUAAUACCUCCGGACCUUUUAGUUUUCCAAUUCCUAACUUAGUAUCAAUAUGUGCUUUAUUAGUGUGGCGGCCGGCCAGUCCAGAUGAUAACAUUACACGAAUUAUGUUUCCCGGCUCCACGCCUCAGCAUAAAAUAUUUGAGGGCUUAGAGAAGCUCAGACACCUCGAAUUUCUUCAACACCCUACGUAUACCGGUCGACAAUUAAUGUCUGCGUCGACCAUGGCUGCGACAAAAAUGACUGCGACUGUUAUGCCAACAAAAACCACAAAGACAGUCACAUCAAAGACAAGCAAAGUUAUAAGUGAGAGGAAAGAUGAAAGAACUGCAGAUUCCGACGCACAGAAUUCCAAAUUUAAUAAAUUUAAAGAUGAUGCAGUUUCCAAAAAUAUUAUAGAUAAUAAGUUAAUUAGUGAGCUAGUUGAAGAGGGAGAUAAACAGAUUGAAAAUGUUCUACACGACGCAAUUGUCGCAAAGACAGAUACAAAAUUAGAGGAUAAAAUAGCACAAUAUGACAAUACAGUUAUAGAUGGCCCAUAUAAGAAAAAAGAUGUCAAGAAAAAAGAAAAAUCUUACGAAAAGAAACCGAAACGAUCAGAUAAGACUGAUGAUACCAAGGACGUCCCUUACAAAUUAGAAACAAAAAAACAUGAAAUAGAUAAUAAGCUGAAAUCAGAAGUAAGAAAAAAAACAGAAAAAACCAAACAUGAAAUAUCGUCUUUGGGAUCAAAAACUAAAUUAAGUAACAGAGUACAAAAGUCUACAGAUAAAAAAUCAACGACGGCAUUAGAUAAGAAAGCGAUCGGCGAUGACAAAAAGUCACCGCCCACAACACCGAAGAAAGUAUUUGACGUUAAAGGUCAUCCAAACGUAACAAAAGAUAAGUUUAAACAAAAAACUAGAAAAAUUAGUCCAGGAAGCACCCCCGCAAAGAGUGUAAAAGAAGCUAGCAACCGGCGGGUCAUGGAGUCAAAGUACAAACAGGCUUCUCCAAAACGAGAUAUAGGAAUAAAAGUAGCUGAAAAGAAAGAGUCUAAACCUAAACGUGAAUCAAUAUCUAGGCGACCAAGACCAGUAGCUUCUCCAGUAAAGGGAUUAAAAGUAGCUAAAAGUCCAUCCAAAAAUAUAAAAUCAUUGAAAGUUGAUACUUCUAAGCUAAGUGGGCUGCAACGGGUCAAUUAUGAGGAUAUUUUAAAAGAUGCCAAAAAGUCUGAUGAGGAUACUUCUAAAUCUUUUGAUGACAUGAAACAACAGGAAUUAGAUGAAAGAGAGGAACAAGAAAUCGUGAGAGAAAUAGAAGCUGUUUUUAAUAGAGAUAGCGAAACUGAAGAAAAGGUUGAGUUUGUUGGGAGGUCAGAUAUUGAAAAAAUUACUUGUUUACUCGAUGACACAAAAAGGGAAGUUGUAAUAGAUAGUGAAUUUGAAGAAGAAUAUUUAAUCAUAGAAAAAGAAGAAGUAGAACAAUAUACAGAGGAAUCUGGUGGUGAAAAAGAACAUGAGUUACAAAAACACCUUAAAGAUAAAGAGGAAUCCGAAAAGAAAAAAAUAUAUGAUAAAGUUAUAGAUAUACAAGAUGAACGUAAAGUUCUAAUUCCUGAUCUAGAAAAACAACCUGAAUCUAAAGAGCAUUCUAUAAGUGUCGAAGAAAAGCAAGAUAUAAGUAGUGAAAAAAAGACUUCUGACAGUAAAAGCGUAAUCAAGCCUAAAGAUUCUUUGGAAAACAUUAAACAAGAAUCACAGCCUGAUGAGAAAGUAUCAACUACAGUUGAAUCAGGUGCUACAACUGCACCAACUCUUCCAGAUGAUGAAAGAAUAACAUUAGAUGACAUUAAAGAAGACCAACUUAUUGAAGAGAAAUAUGUAAAAGAACAAACUAAAGAAACAAUAUUAGAAAAAAAUAUUUCAGAUUUACAGAAGCCAACUGGUUUUGAAAAAAAAUUAAAAUUAGGGGCCCAUCAAACUCUUAUUAGGGAUAUAGUUAAAACCCCCGAUGAAGUUGCUGACUUACCCCUACAUGAAGAAGUUGAUUAUAGAACCUAUGUUGAAAAGAAAACUCCAGUUAGUGAAGAAAGUACAAAACGUAAAAUUGAAGGUAGUAUAAGAGUACCCAAAGAUUUAGCGUUAUCAAUAAAAUCUGAUAUUCCAUUCGAUACUGCUAAAACAAUACAAGAAGAUGUAGUUGUUAGUACUACUCAACGUCCUUCCCAUCCUGAACUAGUAACUGUAACACCAGGAUCUGCUCCUGAGUCGCCCAUGUUACAUGAGCAACCAAGACAUGAAAAAUCUUUGAAACCACUAGAACCUGUAAAAGAAUAUGACGAUUCUCAAUACAAUUUUACACCAUUUACAGAAAAGCUACGAGAAACACAUAUAACAACCAUUGACUCCCCAGUAAAAGGUGAUAUAAUUGUUAUGGAAGAUGUUCAUAUGCCUGAAAAAAUACCUUCAAUACCAGAAGACGUAGAAAAAGAAAUUGAAGAAGCAAAAACACUAGAAAAUCUUGAAAAAUCACCAAUUAGUCCAAAAGCAGUAGAAAAAAUAGUGGCGGAUGUUGCUGAAGUAUUAAAAUCGGAAAAAACUUUAGAUCAAUUAAUUGCAGAAAAAUCGCCAAUAUUAUUGAAAUCACCGGAAAAGAUCACGUCAAAAUCUAAUGAUAGUAAUAUAACACAAGAUAUUUUGAACAGUGAACAAAAAGUGAUUUUGAGUACGUCUAAAGAAGCAGAAGAGCCUCACGAGGAUUAUAGGCACACUGAAAUAUCCUUGAUUGACGACAGUGGCCAAAAAUACCAAAAAGAAGUUUCUCCUGUAAAAUCUUUGACGUCAGAAGACAUAAGUGACACUUCAGAAAAGACUGUCUUAAGCGAAACUAAGAAAAUUGACUCUGACAUUGUCGAGUUCGAUAAUAGAGAUAAAAAACCUAUAACAAAAUCCAUAUUAGGUGAAGAGAAAGUAUUCCCUGAAAAGCGUAUAAGCAUAACGUUAGAGUCAGCUAAAACUUUAGAAAAACUUGAAGAAAAAUUGACUGAGUUAAAAAAGAAAGAUAUUUCUACAGAUUUAGGAAGCAGCUCUAGGGAUAUCGGAGACAUUUGUGAUGAAGAUAAUAUCACCAGUAAAGAUACAAAUUUAAUGAAACCUAAAAGUGAUUUAUUAAUAACUGAGAGUUUUGUUGAAAAGAAAAAACCCUCAGGACAAAAAAAAGAAAUUGAUACGCAUAAAAUUAUUGAUAAAAGUGUUGAUAACGUAGAUUCCGCCAUCGAUAAGCUUGACACAAAGGAAUAUAAAAAAGAGAGUAAAUCUGUAAUUGGAAGUUUUAUGAAUAAAUUUGACGAGAAAUUAAACAAAGCAAAGGGAUUAUUUACAAGAAAAAGUGACAAAACUUCUGAAAGCAUUAAAAACCAGGACAUAAAAGUGCCACGCCCGUUGGAUACAAUUCAUAAAGAAUUAACAAAAUAUGAAAAGAAUAUGAUUAAAUUGUUAUCCUUUGACGAAGAAGUUCAAACUAUUCUCAAGAAUUAUUAUGUUUAUGAAGAUCCAGAAGAAACAACUUCAGAAAAAGAAGACGAGUAUCUUGAAAAUGAUACGCUUAUAAAAAGAGUUAUUGUUACUAAAAUAAUAAAAACUAAAUAUAGUGAUAAAAAGAAUGUUAUACAAAAACUACAAAUUGUAACUUUAAUUACUACUACAAAUUAUUAUCCUGAUGGAACGACAUGCAGUGAAAUAAACGGUAGCACAAUGCUGACCGAUGUAAGUGAAGAAAAUGAGUUUGAAAUAAAUGAGCUUGUCGAUUUUAAUGUACUCGAAAGCAAAUCAUUUGAAGAACACAAAGAAGAAUCAAAUAUAUUAUUUAAUAAUGAAUACUUAAAAGAAAUUCGAAACAUCCUGACGGUAAAGGAAAUAUUGACAACGAGAUCAAAAACUAAAUUUAAGGAAAAGAAAACAAUAAAUACAUCUAAAGAAAUAUUUUUAUCUGUAGUACCUACUGUGGUAAACGUCAUUACAAUUUUUAUCUCAGAUUACAAUUUGAGAAUGAAUUGUUCUGAAAAUCACAAAUUAGCAAAAGUAGUAAUAACAUCAAAACAACUUUUAACAGAAUUAGAUACUUUUGGAUCCGUUAUGACAACUACUAGUCCAUUACAACAAAUGAGCCAAAAAGAAGUAACUGUAGAGCAAUUAGAAGAAAAUUCAAGUUCCAUUAAAAAGCUAUCUGACCAGUCAAUUAAAAUAAACAUUAAUGAGAAAUCCACGCAACAAAGCAAAACGAAAACAAAACAUGAAACUUUAAAGGAAAAGAUAGUACUCAACGAACCAAUAGAUACACAGAAAUCACCGAGUUCCGAAAAAUAUGCUUUAGAUACAGAUAUGUCAACUAAGAAAGAGUCUAGUCCCGUAAGAGAUGAUGACAAAAAGGCCGAUCCACGUAAAAAAGAGUCAAGUCAUGUAAAGGAAAUGACAGUAUUUGAAGUCAAAUUAAAAUCUCCCAGUCCUAAAAAAGAUGUUUUAGAAAAGGGAGACUCAAUUAAGAAAAAGCCAACUCCUACGAUUGAUGACAAAGAAAAGUCACCAAGCCCCGUAAAAGAUAUUGGCGAAAAGAGCGAAUCAAUUAGGAAAGAAAAAGAAGAAAAGGUCAUAGAUGAUGAAAAGGAAAAACUAGUCCUUAAUGUCAAGUCAAAAUCACCCAGUCCCGAAAAAGAUGUUUUGGAAAAGAACAAAUCAAUAAAGAAAGAGCCUAGUCCUACGGCAGAAGUCAAAGGUCUUGAUGACAAAGAGAAAUCACCAAGCCCCGUAAAAGAUCUCGAGGAAAAGAUCGAAGAAGAUAAGAAGGAAAAACCAGUCCUUGAUGUCAAAUUCAAAUCUCCCAGUCCCGUAAAAGAUGUUGAGGAAAAGGCCGAAUCAAUUAAGAAAGAACAUAUACCUACGAUAGACAUCGAAGGUUUUGAAGACAUAGAGAAAUCACCAAGCCCCGUAAAAGAUCUCGAGGAAAAGAUCGAAGAAGAUAAGAAGAAAAAACCAGUCCUUGAUGUCAAAUCCAAAUCUCCCAGUCCCGUUAAAAAUCUUGAAGAAAAGAGCGAAUCAUUUAAGAAAGAGCCUAGUCCUACGGCAGAAAUGAAAGGACUUGACGUAAAAGAAAAAGCUUCAAGCCCCGUUACCGAUGUUAGGGAAAAGGUCAAAGUUGACGAAAAAGAAAAAACAGUCCUUGAUAUCAAAUCAAAAUCACAAAGUCCCGUUAAAGAUGUUGAAAAAAUAGUCAAAGUAGGUGAAAAAGAAACAUCAAUCCUUAAUAUCAAAUCAAAAUCACCUAGUUCCGAAAAAGAUGUUUUGGAAAAGGACGAAUCAAUAAAAAAAGAGCCAAGUCUUACGACAGAAGUCAAAGGUCUUGAUGACAAAGAGAAAUCACCAAGCCCCGUAAAAGAUCUUGAGGAAAAGAUCGAAGAAGAUGAGAAGGAAAAACCAGUCCUUGAUGUCAAAUCCAAAUCUCCCAGUCCCGAAAAAUAUGUUGAGGAAAAGGGCGAAUCUUUUAAGAAAGAGCCUACUUCUACGACAGAAGUCAAAAGUUUUGUUGACAAAGAGAAAUCACCAAGCCCCAAUAAAGAUCUUGAAGAAAAGAGCAAAUCAAUUAAGAAAGAGCCUAGUCCUACUGCAGAAGUGAGAGGUCUUGAUGACAAAGAGAAAUCACCAAGCCCCGUAAAAGAUCUAGAGGAAAAGAUCGAAGAAGAUAACAAGACAAAACCAGUCCUUGGUGUCAAAUCUAUAUCUCCCAGUCCCGAAAAAGAUGUUGAGGAAAAGGGCAAAUCAAUUCAGAAAGCACCUACUCCUACGACAGAAGUUAAAAGUCUUGAAGACAAAGAAAAAUUACCAGGCCCCGUUAAAGAUGUUAAGAAAAUAGUCAAAGUAGAUGAAAAAGACAAAAUAGUCCUUGAUAUCAAGUCAAAAUCACCUAGUUUCGAAAAAGAUGUCUUAGAAAAGGACGAAUCAAUAAAGAAAGAGCCCAGUCCUACGAGAGAAGUCAAAGGUCUUGAUGACAAAGAGAAAUCACCAAGCCCCGUAAAAGAUCUUGAGGAAAAGAUCGAAGAAGAUGAGAAGGAAAAACCAGUCCUUGAUGUCAAAUCAAAAUCACUUAGUCCCGUAAAAGAUGUUGAUGAAAAGGAAGAAUCAAUUAGGAAAGAGCCUACACCUACGACAGACGUCAAUGGUUUUGAAGACAUAGAGAAAUCACCAAGCCCCGUAAAAGAUCUUGAAGAAAAGAGCGAAAUAAUUAGGAAAGAGCCUAGUUCUACGGCAGAAGAAAAAGAACUUAAAGUAAAAGAGAAAUCACCAAGCCCCGUUAAAGAAGUUGAGAAAAUAGUCGAAGUAGAUGAAAAAGAAAAAAUUGUCCUUGAUAUCAAGUCAAAAUCACCUAGUUCCGAAAAAGAUGUCUUAGAAAAGGACGAAUCAAUAAAGAAAGAGCCCAGUCCUACGAGAGAAGUCAAAGGUCUUGAUGACAAAGAGAAAUCACCAAGCCCCGUAAAAGAUCUUGAGGAAAAGAUCGAAGAAGAUAAGAAGGAAAAACCAGUCCUUGAUGUCAAAUCCAAAUCUCCCAGUCCCGAAAAAGAUGUUGAGGAAACGGGCGAAUCAAUUAAGAAAGAGCUUACACCUACGACAGACGUCAAAGGUUUUGAAGAAAAAGAGAAAUCACCAAGCCCCGUAAAAGAUCUUAAGGAAAAGAUCGAAGUAGAUGACAAGACAAAACCAGUCCUUGGUGUCAAAUCUAUAUCUCCCAGUCCCGAAAAAGAUGUUGAGGAAAAAGGCAAAUCAAUUCAGAAAGAGCCUACUCCUACGACAGAAGUCAAAAGUCUUGAAGACAAAGAGAAAUCACCAAGCCCCGUAAAAGAUCUUGAAUUAAAAGUCAAAGAAGAUGAGAAGGAUAAACUAGUCCUUAAUAUCAAGUCAAAAUCACCUAGUCCCGUAAAAGAUGUUGAAGAAAGAGCCGAAUCAAUGAAUACAGAGCCAAGUCCUACGGCAGAAGUCAAAGGUCUUGAUGACAGAGAGAAAUCUUCAAGCCCCGUAAAAAAUCUUGAGGAAAAGAUCGAAGAAGAUAAGAAGGAAAAACCAGUCCUUGAUGUCAAAUUCAAAUCUCCCAGUCCCGUAAAAGAUGUUGAGGAAAAGGCCGAAUCAAUUAAGAAAGAACAUAUACCUACGAUAGACAUCGAAGGUUUUGAAGACAUAGAGAAAUCACCAAGCCCCGUAAAAGAUCUAGAAGAAAAGAGCAAAAUAAUUAGGAAAGAGCCUAUUUCUACGGCAGAAGAAAAAGAACUUAAUGUAAAAGAGAAAUCACCAAGCCCCGUUAAAGAAGUUGAGAAAAUAGUCGAAGUAGAUGAAAAAGAAAAAAUAGUCCUUGAUAUCAAGUCAAAAUCACUAAGCCCCGUUAAAGAAGUCGAGAAAAUAGUCAAAGUAGAUGAAAAAGAAAAAAUAGUCCUUGAUAUCAAGUCAAAAUCACCUAGUUCCGAAAAAGAUGUCUUAGAAAAGGACGAAUCAAUAAAGAAAGAGCCUACACCUACGACAGACGAUAAAGGUUUUGAAGAAAAAGAGAAAUCACCAAGCCCCGUAAAAGAUCUUGAGAGAAAGAUUGAAAAAGAUAAGAAGGAAAAACCAGUCCUUGAUGUCAAGUCAAAAUCACCCAGUCCCGAAAAAGAUGUUUUAGAAAAAGGCGAAUCAAUUAGAAAAGAUCCAACUUCUACGACAGACGUCAAAGGUUUUGAAGACAAAGAGAAAUCACCAAGCCCCGUAAAAGAUCUUGAGGAAAAGAUAGAAGUAGAUGAAAAGACAAAAUCAGUCCUUGGUGUCAAAUCUAUAUCUCCCAGUCCCGAAAAAGAUGUUGAGGAAAAGGGCAAAUCAAUUCAGAAAGAGCCUACUCCUACGACAGAAGUCAAAAGUCUUGAAGACAAAGAGAAAUCACCAAGCCCCGUAAAAGAUCUUGAAUUAAAAGUCAAAGAAGAUGAGAAGGAUAAACUAGUCCUUAAUAUCAAGUCAAAAUCACCUAGUCCCGUAAAAGAUGUUGAAGAAAGAGCCGAAUCAAUUAGUAAAGAGCCAAGUCCUACGGCAGAAGUCAAAGAACUUGAUGACAGAGAGAAAUCACCAAGCCCCGUAAAAGAUCUUAAGGAAAAUAUCGAAGAAGAUGAGACGGAAAAACCAGUUCUUGAUGUCAAGUCAAAAUCUCCUAGUCCCGUAAAAGAUGUUGAUGAAAAGGGCGAAUCAAUUUGGAAAGAGCCUACACCUACGACAGACGUCAAUGGUUUUGAAGACAAAGAGAAAUCACCAAGCCCCGUAAAAGAUCUUGAGGAAAAGAUCAAAGUAGAUGACAAGACAAAACCAGUUCUUGGUGUCAAAUCUAUAUCUCCUAGUCCGGAAAAAGAUGUUGAUGUAAAGGACGAAUCAAUUAAGAAAGAGCCUAGUCCUGCGACAGAAAACAAAGGCCUUGAUGACAAAGAGAAAUCACCAAGCUCCAAAAAAGAUCUUGAGGAAAAGAUAGAAGUAGAUGAGAAGAAAAAACCAGUUCUAGAUGUCAAGUCAAAAUCACCAAGCCCCGUUAAAGAUGUUGAGGUAAAGGGCGAAUCAAUUAAGAAACAGCAUACACCUACGACAGACGUCAAAGGUCUUAAUGACAGAGAGAAAUCAUCAAGCCCUGUAAACGAUCUUGAGGAAAAGAUCGAAGAAGAUGAGAAAGAAAAACCAGACCUUGAUAUCAAGUCAAAAUCACCUAGUUCCGAAAAAGAUGUUUUAGAAAAGGACGAUUUAAUAAAAAAAGAGCCUACACCUUCGACAGACGAUAAAGAUUUUGAAGAAAAAGAGAAAUCACCAAGCCCCGUAAAAGAUCUUGAGGGAAAGAUUGAAGAAGAUAAGACGGAAAAACCAGUCCUUGAUGUCAAGUCAAAAUCACCCAGUCCCGAAAAAGAUGUUUUAGAAAAAGGCGAAUCAAUUAGAAAAGAGCCAACUUCUACGACAGACGUCAAAGGUUUUGAAGACAAAGAGAAAUCACCAAGCCCCGUAAAAGAUCUUGAGGAAAAGAUAGAAGUAGAUGAAAAGACAAAACCAGUCCUUGGUGUCAAAUCUAUAUCUCCCAGUCCCGAAAAAGAUGUUGAGGAAAAGGGCAAAUCAAUUCAGAAAGAGCCUACUCCUACGACAGAAGUCAAAAGUCUUGAAGACAAAGAGAAAUCUUCAAGCCCCGUAAAAGAUCUUGAGGAAAAGAUCAAAGAUGAGAAGGAAAAACCAGUCCUUGAUGUCAAAUCCAAAUCUCCCAGUCCCGAAAAAGAUGUUGAGGAAAAGGGCGAACCAAUUAGAAAAGAAUCUACUUCUACGACAGACGUCAAAAGUCUUGAUAAUAAGGAGAAAUCACCUAGUCCCGUAAAAGAUGUGAAAGAAAAAAUUAAGAAAGAGCCUACACCUAUGACAGAAGUCAAAGGUCUUGAUAACAAAGAGAAAUCACCAAGUCCCGUAAAAGAUCUUGAGGAAAAGAUCGAAGAAGAUGAGAAGGAAAAACCAGUCCUUGAUGUCAAGUCAAAAUCACCAAGCCCCGUAAAAGAUGUUGAAGAAAAGGCCGAAUCAAUUAAUAAAGACUAUAUACCUACAACAGACGUCGAAGGUUUUGAAGACAUAGAGAAAUCACCAAGCCUCGUACAAGAUAUAAGGAAAAAGAGCAAAUCAAUUAGGAAAGAGCCUAGCCCUUCGGAAGAAGUAAAAGAACUUGAUAUAAAAGAAAAAUCACCAAGCCCAGUUAAAGAUGUUAAGGAAAUAGUCAAAAUAGAUAAAAAAGAAACAUCAAUCCUUAAUAUCAAAUCAAAAUCACCUAGUUUCGAAAAAGAUGUCUUAGAAAAGGACGAAUCAAUAAAGAAAGAGCCCAGUCCUACGAGAGAAGUCAAAGGUCUUGAUGACAAAGAGAAAUCACCAAGCCCCGUAAAAGAUCUUGAGGAAAAGAUCGAAGAAGAUAAGAAGGAAAAACCAGUCCUUGAUGUCAAGUCAAAAUCACCUAGUCCCGUAAAAGAUGUCGAGGAAAAGGGCGAAUCAAUUAAGAAACAGCCUACACCUAUGACAGAAGUCAAAGGACUUGAUAACAGAGAGAAAUCACCAAGCGCCGUAAACGAUCUUGAGAAAAAGAUCGAAGAAGAUGAAAAAGAAAAACCAGUCCUUGAUGUCAAGUCAAAAUCACUAAGUCCCGUUAAAGAUGUUGAAGAAAAGAGCGAAUCAUUUAAGAAAGAGCCUAGUCCCUUGGCAGAAAUGAAAGAACUUGACGUAAAAGAAAAAGCUUCAAGCCCCGUUACCGAUGUUGAGGAAAAGGUCAAAAUAGACGAAAAAGAAAAAACAGUACUUGAUAUCAAAUCAAAAUCAAAAAGUCCCGAAAAAGAUGUUUUAGAAAAGGACGAAUUAAUGAAAAAGGAGCUUACAUCUACGACAGACGUCAAAGGUCUUGAUGACAAAGAGAAAUCACCAAGCCCCGUAAAACAUCUUAAGGAAAAGAUUGAAGAAGUUGAGAAGGAAAAGCCAGUCCUAGAUCUCAAGUCGAAAUCACCAAGCCCCGUUAAAGAUGUUGAGAAAAUAGUCAAAGUAGAUGAAAAAGAAAAAAUAGUCCUUAAUAUCAAAUCAAAAUCACCUAGUUCCGAAAAAGAUGUUUUAGAAAAGGACGAAUCAAUAAAAAAAGAGCCAAGUCUUACGACAGAAGUCAAAGGUCUUGGUGACAAAGAGAAAUCGCCAAGCCCCGUAAAAGAUCUUGAGGAAAAGAUCGAAGAAGAUGUGAAGGAAAAACCAUUCCUUGAUGUCAAAUCCAAAUCUCCCAGUCCCGAAAAAUAUGUUGAGGAAAAGGGCGAAACAAUUAGGAAAGAGCCUACUUCUACGACAGAAGUCAAAAGUUUGGUUGACAAAGAGAAAUCACCAAGCCCCAAUAAAGAUCUUGAAGAAAAGAUAGAAGUAGAUGAGAAGGAAAAACCAGUCCUAGAUGUCAAGUCAAAAUCACCAAGCCCCGUAAAAGAUCUUGAGGAAAAGAUAAAAGUAGAUGAGAAGGAAAAACCAGUCCUAGAUGUCAAGUCAAAAUCACCAAGCCCCGUUAAAGAUGUUGAGGAAAAGGGCGAAUUAAUUAAGAAACAGUCUACACCUACGACAGAAGUCAAAGGACUUGCUAACAGAGAGAAAUCACCAAGCCCCGUAAAAGAUCUUGAAGAAAAGAGCGAAUCAUUUAAGAAAGAGCCUAGUCCCACGGCAGAAAUGAAAGAACUUGACGUAAAAGAAAAAGCUUCAAGCCCCGUUACCGAUGUUAAGGAAAAGGUCAAAGUUGACGAGAAAGAAAAAACAGUCCUUGAUAUCAAAUCAAAAUCACAAAGUCCCGAAAAGGAUGUUUUAGAAAAGGACGAAUUAAUUAAGAAGGAGCUUACACCUACGACAGACGUCAAAGGUCUUGAUGACAAAGAGAAAUCACCAAGCCCCGUAAAAGAUCUUGAAGAAAAGAUCGAAGAAGAUGUUGAGAAAAUAGUCAAAGUAGAUGAAAAAGAAAAAAUAGUCCUUAAUAUCAAAUCAAAAUCACCUAGUUCCGAAAAAGAUGUUUUGGAAAAGGACGAAUCAAUAAAAAAAGAGCCAAGUCUUACGACAGAAGUCAAAGGUCUUGAUGACAAAGAGAAAUCACCAAGCCCCGUAAAAGAUCUUGAGGAAAAGAUCGAAAAAGUUGAGAAGGAAAAGCCAGUCCUAGAUGUCAAGUCAAAAUCACCAAGCCCUGUUGAAGAUUUUGAAGAAAAGAGCGAAUCAAUUAAGAAAGAGCCCAGUCCUACGGCAGAAAUGAAAGAACUUGACGUAAAAGAAAAAGCUUCAAGCCCCGUUACCGAUGUUAAGGAAAAGGUCAAAGUAGACGAAAAAGAAAAAAUAGUCCUUAAUAUCAAAUCAAAAUCACCUAGUUCCGAAAAAGAUGUUUUAGAAAAGGACGAAUCAAUAAAGAAAGAGCCUACACCUACGACAGACGAUAAAGGUUUUGAAGAGAAAUCACCAAGCCCCGUAAAAGAUCUUGAGGGAAAGAUUGAAGAAGAUAAGAAGGAAAAACCAGUCCUUGAUGUCAAGUCAAAAUCACCCAGUCCCGAAAAAGAUGUUUUAGAAAAAGGCGAAUCAAUUAGAAAAGAGCCUACUCCUACGACAGAAGUCAAAAGUCUUGAAGACAAAAAGAAAUCACCAAGCCCCGUAAAAGAUCUUGAAUUAAAAGUCAAAGAAGAUGAGAAGGAUAAACUAAUCCUUAAUAUCAAGUCAAAAUCACCUAGUCCCGUAAAAGAUGUUGAAGAAAGAGCCGAAACAAUUAAAAAAGAGCCAAGUCCUACGGCAGAAGUCAAAGAACUUGAUGACAGAGAGAAAUCACCAAACCCCGUAAAAGAUCUUAAGGAAAAUAUCGAAGAAGAUGAGAGGGAAAAACCAGUCCUUGAUGUCAAGUCAAAAUCUCCUAGUCCCGUAAAAGAUGUUGAUGUAAAGGACGAAUCAAUUAAGAAAGAGCCUAGUCCUGCGACAGAAAACAAAAGCCUUGAUGACAAAGAGAAAUCACCAAGCCCCGUAAAAGAUCUUGAGGAAAAGAUAGAAGUAGAUGAGAAGAAAAAGCCAGUCCUAGAUGUCAAGUCAAAAUCACCAAGCCUCGUUAAAGAUGUUGAGGUAAAGGGCGAAUCAAUUAAGAAACAGCAUACACCUACGACAGACGUCAAAGGUCUUAAUGACAGAGAGAAAUCAUCAAGCCCUGUAAACGAUCUUGAGGAAAAGAUCGAAGAAGAUGAGAAGGAAAAACCAGUCCUAGAUGUCAAGUCGAAAUCACCAAGCCCCGUUAAAGUUGUUCAGAAAUUAGUCAAAGUAGAUGAGAAGGAAAAACCAGUCCUAGAUGUCAAGUCAAAGUCACCAAGCCCCGUUAAAGAUGUUGAGAACAAGGGCGAAUCAAUUAAGAAAGAGCUUACACCUACGACAGACGUCAAAGGUUUUGAAGACAAAGAAACAUCACCAAGCCCCGUAAAAGAUCUUGAGGAAAAGAUCGAAGAAGAUGAGAAGGAAAAACCAGUCCUUGAUGUCAAAUCCAAAUCUCCCAGUCCCGUUAAAGAUCUUGAAGAAAAGAGCGAAUCAAUUAAGAAAGAGCCCAGUCCUACGGCAGAAAUGAAAGAACUUGACGUAAAAGAAAAAGCUUCAAGCCCCGUUACCGAUGUUAAGGAAAAGGUCAAAGUAGUCGAAAAAGAAAAAAUAGUUCUUGAUAUCAAAUCAAAAUCACCUAGUUCCGAAAAAGAUGUUUUAGAAAAGGACGAAUCAAUAAAAAAAGAGCCAAGUCUUACGACAGAAGUCAAAGGUCUUGAUGACAAAGAGAAAUCACCAAGCCCCGUAAAAGAUCUUAAGGAAAAGAUCGAAGAAAAUGAGAAGGAAAAACCAGUUCUUGGUGUCAAGUCAAAAUCACCAAGCCCCGUUAAAGAUGUUGAGAAAAUAUUCAAAGUAGAUGAAAAAGAAACAUCAAUCCUUAUUAUCAAAUCAAAAUCACCUAGUUCCGAAAAAGAUGUUUUAGAAAAGGACGAAUCAAUAAAAAAAGAAACAAGUCUUACGACAGAAGUCAAAGGUCUUGAUGACAAAGAGAAAUCACCAAGCCCCGUUAAAGAUCUUGAAGAAAAGAGCGAAUCAUUUAAGAAAGAGCCUAGUCCUACGGCAGAAAUAAAAGGACUUGACGUAAAAGAAAAAGCUUCAAGCCCCGUUACCGAUGUUAAGAAAAAGGUCAAAGUAGACGAAAAAGAAAAAACAAUCCUUGAUAUCAAAUUCAAAUCUCCCAGUCCCGAAAAAGAUGUUUUAGAUAAGGACGAAUUAAUUGACAAGGAGCUUACACCUACGACAGACGUCAAAGGUCUUGAUGACAAAGAGAAAUCACCAAGCGCCGUAAAAGAUCUUGAGGAAAAGAUCGAAGAAGUUGAGAAGGAAAAGCCAGUCCUAGAUGUCAAGUCAAAAUCACCAAGCCCCGUUAAAGAUGUUGAGAAAAUAGUCAAAGUAGAUGAGAAGGAAAAACCAGUCCAAGAUGUCAAGUCAAAAUCACCAAGCCCCGUUCAAGAUGUUGAGAAAACGGGCGAAUCAAUAAAGAAAGAGCUUACACCUACGACAGACGUCAAAGGUUUUGAAGACAAAGAAAAAUCACCAAGCCCCGUAAAAGAUCUUAAGGAAAAGAUCGAAGAUGAGAAGGAAAAACCAGUCCUUGAUGUCAAAUCCAAAUCUCUCAGUCCCGUUAAAGAUCUUGAAGAAAAGAGCGAAUCAAUUAAGAAAGAGCCCAGUCCUACGGCAGAAAUAAAAGAAUUUGACGUAAAAGAAAAAGCUUUAAGCCCCGUUACCGAUGUUGAGGAAAAGGUCAAAAUAGACGAAAAAGAAAAAACAGUACUUGAUAUCAAAUCAAAAUCACAAAGUCCCGAAAAAGAUGUUUUAGAAAAGGACGAAUUAAUGAAGAAGGAGCUUACACCUACGACAGACGUCAAUGGUCUUGAUGACAAAGAGAAAUCACCAAGCCCUGUAAAAGAUCUUAAGGAAAAGAUUGAAGAAGUUGAGAAGGAAAAACCAGUCCUAGAUGUCAAGUCGAAAUCACCAAGCCUCGUUAAAGAUGUUGAGAAAAUAGUCAAAGUAGAUGAAAAAGAAAAAAUAGUCCUUGAUAUCAAAUCAAAAUCACAAAGUCCCGAAAAAUAUGUUUUAGAAAAGGACGAAUUAAUUAAGAAGGAGCUUACACCUAUGACAGACGUCAAAGGUCUUGAUGACAAAGAGAAAUCACCAAGCGCCGUAAAAGAUGUUGAGGAAACGGGCGAAUCAAUUAAGAAAGAGCUUACACCUACGACAGACGUCAAAGGUUUUGAAGACAAAGAAAAAUCACCAAGCCCCGUAAAAGAUCUUGAGGAAAAGAUCGAAGAAGAUGAGAAGGAAAAACCAGUCUUUGAUGUCAAAUCCAAAUCUCCCAGUCCCGUUAAAGAUCUUGAAGAAAAGAGCGAAUCAUUUAAGAAAGAGCCUAGUCCCACGGCAGAAAUGAAAGGACUUGACGUAAAAGAAAAAGCUUCAAGCCCCAUUACCGAUGUUAAGGAAAAGGUCAAAGUAGACGAAAAAGAAAAAAUAGUUCUUGAUAUCAAAUCAAAAUCACCUAGUUCCGAAAAAGAUGUUUUAGAAAAGGACGAAUCAAUAAAAAAAGAACCAAGUCUUAAGACAGAAGUCAAAGGUCUUGAUGACAAAGAAAAAUCACCAAGCCCCGUAAAAGAUCUUGAGGAAAAGAUCGAAGAAGAUGAGAAGGAAAAACCAGUCUUUGAUGUCAAAUCCAAAUCUCCCAGUCCCGUUAAAGAUCUUGAAGAAAAGAGCGAAUCAAUUAAGAAAGAGCCCAGUCCUACGGCAGAAAUGAAAGAACUUGAAGUAAAAGAAAAAGCUUCAAGCCCCGUUACCGAUGUUAAGGAAAAGGUCAAAGUUGACGAAAAAGAAAAAAUAGUUCUUGAUAUCAAAUCAAAAUCACCUAGUUCCGAAAAAGAUGUUUUAGAAAAGGACGAAUCAAUAAAAAAAGAGCCAAGUCUUACGACAGAAGUCAAAGGUCUUGAUGACAAAGAGAAAUCACCAAGCCCCGUAAAAGAUCUUGAGGAAAAGAUCGAAGAAGAUGAGAAGGGAAAACCAGUCCUUAGUGUCAAAUCCAAAUCUCCCAGUCCCGUUAAAGAUCUUGAAGAAAAGAGCGAAUCAAUUAAGAAAGAGCCCAGUCCUACGGCAGAAAUGAAAGAACUUGACGUAAAAGAAAAAGCUUCAAGCCCCGUUACCGAUGUUGAGGAAAAGGUCAUAAUAGACGAAAAAGAAAAAACAGUACUUGAUAUCAAAUCAAAAUCACAAAGUCCCGAAAAAGAUGUUUUAGAAAAGGACGAAUUAAUUAAGAAGGAGCUUACACCUAUGACAGACGUCAAAGGUCUUGAUGACAAAGAGAAAUCACCAAGCGCCGUAAAAGAUGUUGAGGAAACGGGCGAAUCAAUUAAGAAAGAGCUUACACCUACGACAGACGUCAAAGGUUUUGAAGACAAAGAAAAAUCACCAAGCCCCGUAAAAGAUCUUGAGGAAAAGAUCGAAGAAGAUGAGAAGGAAAAACCAGUCUUUGAUGUCAAAUCCAAAUCUCCCAGUCCCGUUAAAGAUCUUGAAGAAAAGAGCGAAUCAUUUAAGAAAGAGCCUAGUCCCACGGCAGAAAUGAAAGGACUUGACGUAAAAGAAAAAGCUUCAAGCCCCAUUACCGAUGUUAAGGAAAAGGUCAAAGUAGACGAAAAAGAAAAAAUAGUUCUUGAUAUCAAAUCAAAAUCACCUAGUUCCGAAAAAGAUGUUUUAGAAAAGGACGAAUCAAUAAAAAAAGAGCCAAGUCUUAAGACAGAAGUCAAAGGUCUUGAUGACAAAGAAAAAUCACCAAGCCCCGUAAAAGAUCUUGAGGAAAAGAUCGAAGAAGAUGAGAAGGAAAAACCAGUCUUUGAUGUCAAAUCCAAAUCUCCCAGUCCCGUUAAAGAUCUUGAAGAAAAGAGCGAAUCAAUUAAGAAAGAGCCCAGUCCUACGGCAGAAAUGAAAGAACUUGAAGUAAAAGAAAAAGCUUCAAGCCCCGUUACCGAUGUUAAGGAAAAGGUCAAAGUUGACGAAAAAGAAAAAAUAGUUCUUGAUAUCAAAUCAAAAUCACCUAGUUCCGAAAAAGAUGUUUUAGAAAAGGACGAAUCAAUAAAAAAAGAGCCAAGUCUUACGACAGAAGUCAAAGGUCUUGAUGACAAAGAGAAAUCACCAAGCCCCGUAAAAGAUCUUGAGGAAAAGAUCGAAGAAGAUGAGAAGGGAAAACCAGUCCUUAGUGUCAAAUCCAAAUCUCCCAGUCCCGUUAAAGAUCUUGAAGAAAAGAGCGAAUCAAUUAAGAAAGAGCCCAGUCCUACGGCAGAAAUGAAAGAACUUGACGUAAAAGAAAAAGCUUCAAGCCCCGUUACCGAUGUUGAGGAAAAGGUCAUAAUAGACGAAAAAGAAAAAACAGUACUUGAUAUCAAAUCAAAAUCACAAAGUCCCGAAAAAGAUGUUUUAGAAAAGGACGAAUUAAUUAAGAAGGAGCUUACACCUAUGACAGACGUCAAAGGUCUUGAUGACAAAGAGAAAUCACCAAGCGCCGUAAAAGAUGUUGAGGAAACGGGCGAAUCAAUUCAGAAAGAGAUUACACCUACAACAGACGUCAAAGGUUUUGAAGACAAAGAAAAAUCACCAAGCCCCGUAAAAGAUCUUGAGGAAAAGAUCGAAGAAGAUGAGAAGGAAAAACCAGUCUUUGAUGUCAAAUCCAAAUCUCCCAGUCCCGUUAAAGAUCUUGAAGAAAAGAGCGAAUCAUUUAAGAAAGAGCCUAGUCCCACGGCAGAAAUGAAAGGACUUGACGUAAAAGAAAAAGCUUCAAGCCCCAUUACCGAUGUUAAGGAAAAGGUCAAAGUAGACGAAAAAGAAAAAAUAGUUCUUGAUAUCAAAUCAAAAUCACCUAGUUCCGAAAAAGAUGUUUUAGAAAAGGACGAAUCAAUAAAAAAAGAGCCAAGUCUUAAGACAGAAGUCAAAGGUCUUGAUGACAAAGAGAAAUCACCAAGCCCCGUAAAAGAUCUUGAGGAAAAGAUCGAAAAAGAUGAGAAGGAAAAACCAGUUCUUGGUGUCAAAUCCAAAUCUCCCAGUCCCGUUAAAGAUCUUGAAGAAAAGAGCGAAUCAAUUAAGAAAGAGCCCAGUCCUACGGCAGAAAUGAAAGAACUUGAAGUAAAAGAAAAAGCUUCAAGCCCCGUUACCGAUGUUAAGGAAAAGGUCAAAGUUGACGAAAAAGAAAAAAUCGUUCUUGAUAUCAAAUCAAAAUCACCUAGUUCCGAAAAAGAUGUUUUAGAAAAGGACGAAUCAAUAAAAAAAGAGCCAAGUCUUACGACAGAAGUCAAAGGUCUUGAUGACAAAGAGAAAUCACCAAGCCCCGUAAAAGAUCUUGAGGAAAAGAUCGAAGAAGAUGAGAAGGGAAAACCAGUCCUUGGUGUCAAAUCCAAAUCUCCCAGUCCCGUUAAAGAUCUUGAAGAAAAGAGCGAAUCAAUUAAGAAAGAGCCCAGUCCUACGGCAGAAAUGAAAGAACUUGACGUAAAAGAAAAAGCUUCAAGCCCCGUUACCGAUGUUGAGGAAAAGGUCAUAAUAGACGAAAAAGAAAAAACAGUACUUGAUAUCAAAUCAAAAUCACAAAGUCCCGAAAAAGAUGUUUUAGAAAAGGACGAAUUAAUGAAGAAGGAGCUUACAUCUACGACAGACGUCAAAGGUCUUGAUGACAAAGAGAAAUCACCAAGCCCCGUAAAAGAUCUUAAGGAAAAGAUUGAAGAAGUUGAGAAGGAAAAGCCAGUCCUAGAUGUCAAGUCGAAAUCACCAAGCCCCGUUAAAGAUGUUGAGAAAAUAGUCAAAGUAGAUGAAAAAGAAACAUCAAUCCUUAAUAUCAAAUCAAAAUCACCUAGUUCCGAAAAAGAUGUUUUGGAAAAGGACGAAUCAAUAAAAAAAGAGCCAAGUCUUACGACAGAAGUCAAAGGUCUUGAUGACAAAGAGAAAUCACCAAGCCCCGUAAAAGAUCUUGAGGAAAAGAUCGAAGAAGUUGAGAAGGAAAAGCCAGUCCUAGAUGUCAAGUCAAAAUCACCAAGCCCCGUUGAAGAUGUUGAGAAAAUAGUCAAAGUAGAUGAGAAGGAAAAACCAGUCCUAGAUGUCAAGUCAAAAUCACCAAGCCCCAUUAAAGAUGUUGAGAAAACGGGCGAAUCAAUUAAGAAAGAGCUUACACCUACGACAGACGUCAAAGGUUUUGAAGACAAAGAAAAAUCACCAAGCCCCGUAAAAGAUCUUAAGGAAAAGAUUGAAAGAGUUGAGAAGGAAAAGCCAGUCCUAGAUGUCAAGUCGAAAUCACCAAGCCCCGUUAAAAAUGUUGAGAAAAUAGUCAAAGUAGAUGAAAAAGAAACAUCAAUCCUUAAUAUCAAAUCAAAAUCACCUAGUUCCGAAAAAGAUGUUUUGGAAAAGGACGAAUCAAUAAAAAAAGAGCCAAGUCUUACGACAGAAGUCAAAGGUCUUGAUGACAACGAGAAAUCCCCAAGCCCCGUAAAAGAUCUUGAGGAAAAGAUCGAAGAAGUUGAGAAGGAAAAGCCAGUCCUAGAUGUCAAGUCAAAAUCACCAAGCCCCGUUGAAGAUGUUGAGAAAAUAGUCAAAGUAGAUGAGAAGGAAAAACCAGUCCUAGAUGUCAAGUCAAAAUCACCAAGCCCCGUUAAAGAUGUUGAGAAAACGGGCGAAUCAAUUAAGAAAGAGCUUACACCUACGACAGACGUCAAAGGUUUUGAAGACAAAGAAAAAUCACCAAGCCCCGUAAAAGAUCUUAAGGAAAAGAUCGAAGAAGGUGAGAAGGAAAAACCAGUCCUUGAUGUCAAAUCCAAAUCACUCAGUCCUGUUAAAGAUCUUGAAAAAAAAAGCGAAUCAUUUAAGAAAGAGCCUAGUCCUACGGCAGAAAUGAAAGGACUUGACGUAAAAGAAAAAGCUUCAAGCCUCGUUACCGAUGUUGAGGAAAAGGUCAAAGUAGACGAAAAAGAAAAAAUAGUUCUUGAUAUCAAAUCAAAAUCACCUAGUUCCGAAAAAUAUGUUUUAGAAAAGGACGAAUCAAUAAAAAAAGAGCCAAGUCUUACGACAGAAGUUAAAGGUCUUGAUGACAAAGAGAAAUUACCAAGCCCAGUAAAAGAUCAAUUGGAAAAGAGAGUAUCAAUUAAGAAAGAAGCUAGUCUUUUGGAAGAAGUAAAAGAACUUUAUGAAACAGAGAAAUCACCAAGCCCCGUUAAAUAUUUUGAGGAAAUGGUCAAAGAAGAUAUAAAGGAAAAAUCAGUCGUUGAUGUCAAAUCCAAAUCUCCUAGUCCUGAAAAAGAUGUUUUAGAAAAAGACGAAAUAAUUAUGAAAGAGCCUAGUCCUUUGACAGAAGUAAAAAAUCUUGAUAACAAAGAGAAAUCACCAAGCCCCGUCAAACAUCUUUGGGAAAAGGACGAAUCAAUAAUUAAAGAGCCUUGUCCUUCGACGGAAGUUAGAAAGCUCGAUGACAAAGAGAAAGCAACAAGCCCCGUAGAAGAUGUUGAAGACAAAAAUGAAUCAAUAGUAAAAGAUCUCACUAACAAGAAUAUUAGAACUGUUCUUGGUGACAUACAGAAGUUGCCUAGUCCCGUGAAGGAUGUUUCAGAGAAGGACAAGCUUAUUGUAAAAUUUGAAACUGUCUCUGAUAUGAUACCUGAAAUCAGAGAAAAAUCUUGUAUUUCAGAUAACGAUGUUUUACAAAAGUACAUUCCAAUUGAAAAAGAGUUUAGUUCUGAUAGCAAAGAAGAUAUCGUCGAUAGUCAACUAAAAUCUUUUAGCCAGGAAAAAAAUAUUAAAGAAAAGGUUGAUCUCAGCCCUGUUAAGGAAAUAGCAGUCCUCGAUGACAAGCAUAAAGCUCAAAGCCCCGUAAAAGAUGUUUUGGAUAAAGAAAAACCAUUUGUAAAAGAAUCCAGUUUCGAGGAGAUGGAAACAGGCCUUUAUGACAAACCAAAAUAUCCCAUUCUUUGUAAAGAUGUUUUGAAGAACGAGCCCUUUGACAAAGAAGAAACUGUUUUUAGUAAGAAAGUCGAAAGUUUAGAUAAGUCAUCGAGCCUUAAGUAUGAAAAUAUAGACACAUCUAAGGAAUUGUCAAGUUUAUUAAAAUCAGAAACAAUUGAAACCCUAAUUGACGAGGAAGUAGGUAUGUCUCAGAAAGAUUCGAGUCCAUUGCAAAUAGAGGCACCAGAAAAUUACAUACCAAAAUCGAUUCCAAUUGAUGAAAUGUCUCUCCAGAAUUUAUCAAUCUUAAUAAAGGAAGAAACGAUACAUUGUAACGGUUCAAAUGGAGAGUUAUCAGAUAAAAAUAUUAAAAGUGUGAAGUCAUAUAGUAGCUCUGAGGAUGUUUCAAAAGAAAUAAGUUUAGAAGAAAAAUAUAGCUUUGAAAGUUCAGAGAAAGAAAAACAGCAAAAACGAGUAAAACGCGACACGGAGGAAAAGUAUAUUUAUGAGACUUUGGAAUUUGGAGAUGAUAAAAAAAUCUUCGAUAAAAAUAAAAUUUCUGAAACAAAAGAUGUUGUUGUAUCUUCAACAGAUCUUUUAAAAUCUAUACAAAAGGCUUUUGGUGACGAUUCCAUCCAACAAGGCAUAAAGACGGAAAGUAAUGAAUCUUUGUCUGUUCAAUCUUUUGAUCGUGUUUCAACUCCACCAACAGUUCCUGUUAGCCCAUUACCCAAAGCCCCAGGAGCUUUUCAUGACGUAAAAGUAAGUGAUGGAGUGCAAAGCGAAAUUUCAUAUGACAAAUCAGAUGGAAGUGAAGAGAUAAUUACUAAAACCGUACAUGUUGGUGAGGACGUUCUGACACAAAAAAUAUCUACUUCAACAGAAAAAGUCCCUAAAGCAUCGUUAUCUGACACUUUCGUUGACUCAAACAUACAAGCACUUACCCAUUCAGUAGGAAAGAUUAAAACAGAAACAGAUACUGUAACGAAAAUAAUAAAAGAAGGAGAAAACGUAGUAACUCAAACUAUAACAACAGUUACAUCUAGAGAAAUAAUAUCGAAGGACGAUGGGACACCACAAAAUGUAAAAACGACUAUAGAAACAACAACGCUGAGUAAAAAUUCUGAUGGCUCUACUACUACAACCAAAGACACCCAGACUGUUUUAUCAGAAUGUUCUUCUAGCCUUAAGUCUACAUCUCAAAUGGAUUUAUUAACUAGAGGUGGAACAUCUGAUUUAAAUAUUCAUGACAUAGCUGACGAAAAAUUAAAUAUAGUAUACACAGAUAAAAGUGAACCCUCAUUUAUUCCGAUUUCAGAAAAAUGUGAUAGUGCAGAGAAUAUAAAUAUUGACACUAAUGUCCGAAAACGUAUUAUCCGAGAAGGUGAUAUCGACAUAAUUGAAACAGAAACUAUAGUUACUAAAAAGGAGAUAAUUCCUAUGGAAGAUGAUAAAUCAGUAAUGAAGACAACAAUUGAAAAAAAUAUCGCUAAAGAAAAGCCCGAUGGCUCAAAAGAAACAAAAAAAACAGUUGAAGUCAAAACAGAGGCAAUUGAAACAAACGUAAAUAACACAAUUGAUAACAUUUUAAAUGGGCUGACCGUACACGAAGAGCCAGAAGAAAGUAUUUCGACACAUAGCGAAGAAAUUCUGGAAGAAAACAUUUUAAUUAAGCGAAUUAUAACUACUAAAAUCAUUAAAACAAAGUACGCUGAUGAAUAUGGAUCUCUUAAAAAGAUAAAAACGGUCAGAACUGUGACUACUACUAAUCAAUAUCCCGAUGGUUCCUCGAGAAGCAAAGUGGAUACAAACGUAUCUAUUUCUGAUGUCUAUUGUCUUCCUAGUAUUGAAGAUAGCAUAGAGUUAAAAGAUUAUACAGUCUUAGAAGAUAAGCAAAUAAAUGUUGAGAAACAAGAAAAAUCAAAUAUUAUAAACGGUCAAAAUGUACAACAAUUAAUCACAGUAACCAUUACUAAAGAAAUUUUAUCAACCAGUGAUAAACUCAGAAAAAAGUUAAGAACUACUACCGAAACUAUUACAGAAACUACAUUGCCUGAUGGAAUCGUAGAAGUUACAAAAGAUAUAAAAGUAUUGGUGUCAGACUGCUUAGAUGAGUUUAAAAAUGAAAUUACUUUGGAAGGAUUCUAUUUAAUCGAUGAACCUAAAGAAAAAAUUGAAAAGUCAUCUGAAAUUAUUGUAGUGAACGGCCUAAAUGUAAAUAGACAAUUAACGAUUACGACAUUUACGGAAGAAUUCAUGAAUACAUCCAAAGAUUUAUUAAAAACAAGAAUAACGACGAGGGAGUUUAUUGAAGACCUAUAUCCAGAUGGAUCAAUCAUAUCUAAAACAAGUGAAAAAGUUUCAAUUAGUGAUAAACAGAAAAAAAAAUGUGAUAUCAAUACAAACCUUCCACAAAUAAGAAAAGAUAAAGACAAGUCUAUUGAAUCAGUUGAGUUCUUAAAAUCAGAGAAAAUUAGCGCAGAUGAUCAAUUUAUAGAUUCAAAAUGUUUAGAAGAAACUGGUAAAAUCGUAAAAACCGAUACAAGGGAAAAUUUCAUUAACCGAGAUGGGAAAGUACUGAAACAACAAAUUACUGUUACGACUACAAAAGAGAUUAUAUGUGAUAAUAAUGAAGACAAGAAACUAAAAACUACUGUAGAAACUGUUACUGAAACUGACCUGGAAAAUGGAAGUAUUGAGGUUAUCAAAGAUGUGCAGGUGUCUAUGGCUGAUUUUAAAACACAUGAUUCUUUUGAGAACUUAAAAGACUGCAUAGAAAUUGGUUCGCCUGAUAAACAAAUACAAUUAAGACAUGAACAAAUAUUUGAAAAUGGUACAGAAAUAAAUCGAAAGACAACUACUGAGACCACAAAUCAGAUAUUACAAAAUAAAGAAACUUUAUCAAAGACUAUGAAGACUACAAUUAAAACCACUGUUGAAGAUUCUUAUUCUGAUGGUACAGUAAAAAUUAAAAAAAGUGAAAAAGUAUCAUUUGCUAAUGUUUUUUCACAACAUACAGAAGAAGCCAACAAUGCAACAGAUAAGUAUGAAGACACGGAAAUUGUAGAAGCUGUCUCUGACGAAACAGAUGUUAAAAAAGAAAUUAUAAAUCGCGAGUCAGUUUUAAUAAAGCGGUCUGUUACUACAAAUACAAAGCGGGAAACUUUGGCCUCUUCCGAUAUUAAUGUACGUCGUUUACGAACAACAGUUGAAACAAUAACGGAAGAUGAGUAUCCCGACGGUUCAGUCGAAACUACCAGAGACGUAAAAAUAACUAUAUCAGAAUUCCAAAGAGCUUCCGACGAAGACUUGCAGGCUGCUUUACAAGACUUUAUUUUUACUGGGAAAAUAAAAAACUUUGUCGAUAGAAAAAUUAAUAUAUUAACAGAUGAUACACUAGGAAAAAUAACUCAAAAUAUAACAACGUUUAUAACUAAAGAAGAACUUAGAAAGAGAGAUUCAAACGAGAUUGCUGUCAAAACCGUUACAGAAACAGUAACUGAAAACAUUAGAGAAGAUGGAUCUGUUGAGGCAACUAAAGAUGUUCGGACGCAAGUUGACCACCUUCCUCCAGGAAUAUCUUUUGAAGAUUUGUCGCCCGAGCCAAGUGAGAAAGUUUUACAGCCAAGCUUAAAUGGUAAGCAGGAAAGCAAAAAGGUGGAUAAACCUACAAUCGCUGAGUUAAAGAUCAAACCAGUGGAGCUUAAACAGAAAGAGCACAAAAAGAAAAAGUCUCCUGUGGGUGAAAUUACUACAGAAACAGAAACAUUUACAAAAUUAAAAAAGGAAGGCGGUAACGAAAUACAUCAAACUAUAACUGUUGUAACUACAAAGGAAGUUAUCAGUCCAGAAAAGGUCAAAAUUACUGUUGAAACGACAACAAUCAGCAAAGGAAGCGAUGGAGUAACAAAAACAACCAAAUCCACUAAAACUACAAUAUCUGAAUUUAAAGAGGAAUAUGAAGAAAUUAUUGACGCAGGGGAAAGUGAGAAAUCAUUCUCAAAAUAUUCAGGAAAAACAAGCGAUAUGCGUAGUUCAUCUGCUGCUAGCGAUGACUUAGAUCACCCUGGCAUGUCAACUCCACCAUCAGAUAUAAGUUCCAGAGAGUCAAGAGCAGCUACCCACGUAUGGGCCACGGAAAGUGGCAGUGGCAUGUACUACAGCGACGAGGAUGGUCAGGUUAGCCCGAGCAGCACUAAGUCUCAAGUAGCCCAAUCUCCGAGAUCUAAUCUUAGUUUCGAACUGGAUACUAAAAUUUCACAGCAUAAAGAACAAGAGGACCCUAUGUCCAUGUCAAUUUACGGACAACUCCCAGGCGACGAUGUCGACCAUUCUUAUUCUGAAAAAGAACAAGAAAGUGAUUUUAGAGAUCGAACAAUAAAGGUGAUAACUGACGAAUUUUUAUCGCACGAGAAAUCAAAAUCUGCAAGGAGUGAAGACUCAUCGGUUUCCACGUUUUUAAAAGAAGCCGAUAAACAAUUCGACAGAGCGAUCGAAGAGCAUAAAAAAAUAAGCGGUUCAACUGUUAUUUCUAGCAUCACUGCUAAAUAUGAGUUAGAUGAAAGCCAGUCGAGCAGCAAAGAAUCUACCAAGACAGAAGAAUCUAAGGUUUCUUUAAAGGAAAUAAGAUCUGAAGCAAAGAAAUCUAGCACACGCAAAGAAGACAGGGUAGAAACUUCGAGGACCGAUAAACACGAAGGCGCCAAAGAUCCGAUCGAAUCGUGGGGUAAGCCUCUCGGACUACCUAGUCCUAUUCUACCUUCUGAUGGAAAAAGUACACCAAAGAAGCAACCUACAAGUUCAUCCGUCGCAAAUAAAAAUAAAAUAAAUCAGGAAAGAAGUAAAGAGGCGAAAGCUUCUCCAGAGUCACCCAGUAAAAAGAAAUCACCCGCACCUAUUUACAUGGACCUCACGUAUGUUCCACACCACGGCAACUCUUACUAUUCGGCGAUGGAAUUUUUCAAAAGGGUGCGGGCGCGAUACUACGUUUUCUCGGGAACAGAACCUUCUAAGGAAAUAUACAACGCGCUACUAGAUGCCAAAAAAACGUGGGAAGAUAAGAGUCUAGAAGUAACGAUCAUCCCCACGUACGACACAGACGUGCUUGGCUACUGGGUGGCAGAGAACGAAGAGGCUCUGGAAAAGUACAAGAUCGACUUGUCACCGUCUGCCUCUCGCUGCACCAUCAACCUGCAGGAUCACGAGACUUCGUGCGCGGCGUACAGGCUCGAGUUCUAG